AUGACUGUAGAAUUGUGACCUUGUACUUGUUUACUUUAAUUUUUCGCUUUUGACGUUGAUGUUUGAUCUAUUGUUUAGAUUUUCUUAACGUAUAAACAAGUGAUUUGUGUAAAUAUUUACAUAACACAGACUAUCUAAUACAAUCUGUGAGUAAACAACCAUUAAUUUUAAUAAAAAAGAGUUAAAAUACUGUGUUUGUUUUUGUGCCAUCAAAAUCGUAUGAAUAUACGAAGAGUUAAAUAGAAAUACCUAACUGCGUUAUGAUUUUUAAAAAGGUCAAAACGGGAAAAUAUGUUGUUCCCAUACAGACAGAUAUUAGUCCAAACACGAUCGGGAGCAUAUCUAAAAGUGAAAAAUGCAACAAGAUUACUCUUUGGCUGAUUUCUAUAUUGGGAUUUCUUUUUUCUAUAUUACUUGUUAGUAUUUUAAGUGCCCAAACUUUAUUAGUCAAACAUGUACUGUUUUGGAGAAUCGAAAACGGGAGUAGCUCACUUUAUGAAAAUGUGGGUAAUGUAGUCUCAUGUUACUAUAACACACCAAACCCAAUAAAUGUUAGUCAGCUAACACCAUCCAGUAUUCAUCCUCAUCUAUGCACACAUAUAAAUAUAGCAUUUGCCCAGAUAAGAAACAAUCAAAUUUAUCUUGAAGACUCCCAACUAGAUGUUAUACCUGAUAUUGUCAAGUUGAAAACGUACAAUCCUGACUUAAAAGUCCUCUUGUCAGUGGGUGGUGCUGGUAAUAAUGAUGGUUUCUCUAAAAUGGUUAUUGAUCAUGCUUCUCGAAAAGUUUUUAUAAAAUCCAUAAAAUAUAUGUUGAGAAAUUAUUCACUAGAUGGGAUAGAUUUAGAUUGGGAAUUUCCAGCAGUGAAGGGAUAUCAAAACAAAUUAAGAAAAAGGGAAAGACAACACUUUUCACAGCUGCUAAGGGAAAUCAGGACUGAGUACAUUAGAGAGAAAAGAAACUAUUUGCUUACAGUUGCUGUGGCAGCUCCUCAGAUCAUAGUGGACGUAGCUUAUGAUGUAGAUCAAAUCAACAUGUAUGUAGAUUAUGCAAACAUAAUGACAUAUGACUUUCACACAUACACAAAGUUUACUCCUUUCACGGGUCUCAAUUCCCCACUUUAUGCUAGACCAGAGGAACAACUGUAUUUGGCAACACUUAAUAUUAACUACACGGUACAAAUGUACAAAGACAAGGGAUUAGAUCCAAGAAAAAUUGUUGUCGGAAUACCUACUUAUGGACACACAUUUGCAUUAGUAAAUGCAAAUAAUGCUAAGGUUGGCAGCCCUGCUUCAGGCUUUGGUACACUUGGAAAUUUAGGAUUUGUUAAUUACCCUGACAUAUGUAUGUUUUUGAGCGAAUUUCAUGAUACUGUUAUAAAACAAGAUCCAGAUGCUAUGGUACCGUUUUUAUAUAAAGAAUCAGAAUGGGUAUCUUAUGAGAAUGCUGAUAGUGUUGUGGCAAAAGCAAAAUAUAUCACCGAAAACAAACUGCGAGGUGCUAUGAUAUAUUCGUUAAAUGCUGAUGAUUAUGAUGGAACAUGUGAUAAAUUAUCAGGGAGUAUAAAGUUUCCCCUCUCCACUACUGUUAGAAAUACUCUUAAUCAAAACCCAAUAUUGGAGAUGAAUUGAGGAUGAUUUGUAAUAAUGAAUUAAUCAUGAUAUUUACCUUUUUCUUUCGAGCCACAUAAGUAAUUUUAUACAUUGUGCAAGAUUUCAUGAUAGCAAAAAUCACCGAGACAGUUCGAAGUGUAGGGCACUCUUGAUGACGGUCAUCGUGGCGCGGGCGUCGACGGCGCCCACGCGCUUCGGGCUCUCGCGGCCGCGGCGACGCGACUCAGAGCUCUGCGCUCUAAGGCUCACCCGCACCGAACCGCAUACGGCACGCAUUCCGUACUUUUACAAUUAGAAAAAAAUAUAAGAAACCGCUUCAAUGCCCGCAAGUGGGGAUUUCCACUCGACCGAACGCAUAUCCAAGUGGUAAUGUCUGCUAAGUUGAGUACGUUGGUUUAAUUAGCUAAUUAUAAAAUACACUAUUGACAGUUAUUCCACUUGAAACGGUAAUAAAAAGUUAACAUAGACCAUCACUCACAAACCCUAUAUUUAUUAUAUAUUUUUAUCACUCGUCGAGAUAAACAAUGCAAUAGUUU